AUGAAAUUAUGUCCCCAAUGAUUUUAGCCGGAUUUGGCAUCUUCUAUUGGCUUCAUAAUCUUGAGAAGUUCAUGUUUCAUUAGCGUUUUUCUCAUUUCACAUGGAAAGUGUUCAUUUCUUUUGCCUUCAAUUUGGAAUGAAGACUCUCUCUCUGGGAAGAGACUCUGCUGUUGCCUGUAACCACAUUGUGGCAGCUGAUUCAAUCUGGAAUCUUGACGAUUUGUGUUUGGAGUUAUUUAACAUCUUUGGCUCUUCUAAAGAUCUGUUGAAGACCAAGUUCAAUUUCUUUCGUUGUGUCUCUGCUUCCGAGCCCUUUAUUCUGGUUCAUCAUUAUCCAGCACUGAGAAUGCUAAAUCGUCAGCUCUCGAUAGGUUGCCAACAGUUUUCCGGCGGCUUUUGCAACUCUCUUUGUCUACAACACCAAAAAAUCUUCAGCCCAAGAAUUACAGCCAAAAUUUGAUGAGGAACAAGCAAAGCUUCGUCACAUAGCCCAUAUCUCUUGGUUUUGGCCGGAAAUCCAUCUGGAAUUCCAUCUCCAACCAUUAAAAGCUGCAUCCUUAUGUUAUAAAACAAGCCUGAUAUGGCAUGACCUGAAAAGGUACAACCUAGCCGCUUCUUGCUUUGAAUGGAUGGUAUCCAGUGAGUUUUCCGGCGAUGAAGUGUAGGAGCUUCUCUUCGAUCUCUAGAUUGCUUUCUGUACGACUGCACGGGACUCAUCAUAGAAGCCUUUAGCCCUAACCUUCCUUGCUCGAGCCCAAAAUGUCCUCUCUGAAAACCCAAACCCUAGCCCUAGCGGCCAUUACAAGCUCACAAACUAGUCCCUUAUCUCCAAGGAGGACAAAACCAGUGGAUCGAGAGGAUCUGAGCCAUUGAAGCUCUUAUUCAACGGUCUUGAUCUAUACGAAGACGGGAAUACUCUCUUAGUGAGUAAGGGAUAGAGACAGGGAGGAUGGUGGGGUCUCGUCAUCCACCGAAUAUGCUGUUUGGGUCAUCGAUAGUGCAGUUUAGACCUCUCUAAGGGCAGAUAGGGGUUACCUUGGCCUACAUCUACGCCGAAAGGCAAAUAUUUGGUGCGGUGAGCGUGGAACACAAGGCAUUCCUUGAAGGCAAAUAUGUUGUGUUCGAUUGCUGCUGUGCUCCCCUCUAAUGCCGGACCCUUGGUGAGCCUGAGCCGGAUAUGAAACCCACUUCUAAAAGUGACAUUUGGAAAUGCAAUUUGUACCAUAUGCAAACCAGCCACCAAGUCAUGUUUUGAGUCUCCGAUAUGUCUCUGUCGAGUUGUGUUUCGACUGUCUAAUUCAGUUGUGUUUGUUGAUCCGCUACUGAUUUCUGUUGACUUUUUCAAGUGCAUCCUGUUUGAUGAUUGAAUUUAUGUAUCUUGGUUGAUGACCAAGUUUUCUAUUACUUGAUCAUAUUUAACAAUUGAGUUUUAUGUUACUCAAUCUUGUUGGAUGAUGGAGUUUUUCGUUACAUCAUCUUAUGUGAUGAUCGAGUUUAUACAAUCCCGUCUAUUCCAGAUGCUUAUGUUUAAUAAUUGAGUUUUCUAUUAUUUUAUCCUAUUGGAUGAUGGAGUUUUCCGUUACUCCAUCAUAUGUGAUGAUCAAGUUUACUCGAUCUUGUCUG